GCGACUUUUGAAAACAGACGUAUGUUCUUCGUACUUUCGUCUGCUUUACUGGCCGCGGCUGGUGGUUGAGGAUUUUACUAGUGUCGUAACAUACUUUUAAGUCUUUUCGCAUUACUUUGGGUAUUUGGCACGGAUUAUUACCACGUAAUACUAUCGGAUUUAGUCUUUCUCAUUGCGCCGUUGGUUCGACCAUAUUCAUAGGAACCUUUGUUAAUCAUAUGAACUCUGAGAGCAGCUUACAAGUAACAUUCAUUUCAUAAUAACUGUUAUAAUUUUGUUAUAUAAUAUUCAAUUUGCAUUGUAGCCGUAAUUUGUUACUUUCUGCUCUACUCGUAAUUGACACUGAGGUUCGUAGUGAUAGCUCUUUAUGGUAUAUUGUUGUUAACUUUGUAUAUUGUUAUAUCUUGAAUAAUCUCUUUUCUGGGAUCGAUCGCAAGUGUAACUAGGCGUAAAAGGCUAUCAACUGAUCGCUUUCCAGAAGUGACUUUAUUCAUUUAACUGGGAAAAUUAAUUUAGUUUUCAUUAUUUGACUGAACAGUGUUUAAAGAUAUAAAUGGUCGCCAGUUAACUGUUUGCUUAACAUCAAAUAUUGUGUUUUGUUUUAAACAGCUCAGAAAGAUAAUCGCUUCUGGAUCUCCAUUGUAUCAUAACUUAAAGGGUUGAGUUCCACAACUCGUUAUUCUAGUAAAAGUACAAAGAUCCUUUUUAUUAGUGCACAUUUAACCUUCAAAAUAAUUGAAUGUUCAUUAAGAUGUAUACUUUCAUAUUAAAGCUGUAUCAUUCCUACUUUUUGUAUUUAGAACUAAACAGCUCUUACUCGGCCUCAAAAAAGCAAAUGUUUUCAGUUUGUCGACAGUUUUAUUUCAGCAAAGUCACUUUUGUCGCUCUACCCAGCAAAUAUCAGAGAGCAUUACAUCAUGAGUCAAAACACAAAAUUGAAAAAAUAAAAUUAAGAGAGCCUUUCGCUGUCGUUGCUGGGAACUUGCCGAAGACAGCUUUGAAUGGUGAGCAAGCUUUCAAUUUUUUGAAUGAUGAUGCCAAAGUUUUUAUUCACGGCGGCGCAGCUACACCUACAAUACUUAUUUCGGAAUUUUAUAACUAUGUGAUGGCUAAAAAGCUGAAGAAUAUAUCGGCUUACCACAUUCAUACAGAGGGACCCUUUCCAAUUAUCAAUCCUGAAGCAAGUAGUCACGUCCGAUCUGUGUCACUUUUCACAGGCAGCAAUUGUAGAGAUCCAAUCAAGAGUGGAAGAGCCGAUUAUGUUCCUAUAUUUUUGAGUGAAAUACCACUCCUAUUUCGCAGAAAUAUCAUAAAACUCGACCUAGCAUUACUAAAUAUCAGUCCUCCGGAUGUUAACGGGUAUUGCUCUCUUGGUCCAAGUGUAGAUGUUACUCGUGCUGCUAUUGAGUCGGCUAAGCACCUCGUUGGUCAAAUAAAUCCGAGCUUACCAGUCACUUCUGGAGAUGCCCAUGUACACAUAAGUAACUUCACGUCGAUCAUCCACGGAGAUAUGCCUUGUCACUUUAUGAAUCCACGACAAAUGACCGAAGUUGAAGAUAAAAUCGGCUCAUUGAUUGCAGAUAACCUAAUCGAUGAUGGUGCCACUCUGCAAACAGGUAUUGGGGCAAUUCCAGAUUCAGUCUUAGAUAAGCUUUCCAACCAUCGAAACUUAGGAGUUCACACAGAAAUGUUCUCAGAUGGAAUUAUUAAACUAGUUGAAAAUGGUGUUAUAACAAAUGCGAACAAGGUAGUACGUCCAGGGAAAGUUGUCACGAGUUUUGUCAUUGGUACAGAGAAUGUUUUCAAGUUUUUACAUGAUAACCCAUUGAUUGGCAUCUUAACGUAGUUAUACCAAGUCCGAUUCCGUAGACAUCACUUGUCCAUAAUUUCUUCAGUUCUACCUUGUGCGUAUUUUGAGAAGACAAUUCUCUCUAUUUUUCUCAAAUGAACAGAAAGGAUACUUAUUGUUAAUCGUUCAUAGCCAGUCAGGUUUUAAGAUCUGCUUGUUGUCAACUUACAACUACUCCACAAACUAAAUUACACACCUAUAUUCCAUUUAUUUUUAACCAAGCUUCUCUUAUGUAUUUUCUCUCCACAAACCUCCAAGUUGGAACGAAUUCUGUUUAAAAUGACUAAAGAUUCUCAGAACCAAAGUGUCUGUAUCACUGUUGUGAAAUAACACCUUAGAUUAUAAUUUUUAGUCCCAUCAACAGUUUUAUUCAUAUAGUCUUGUUCUUUUGUUUUGUAUGGAUUAGAAUGAUCUAAGCCAGAAAUGGUUUUAUGAUCACUAACGCGUUUUUUAUUUUCGAUAACACUUGAUAAUGUUUCGAAAUUAACGUAUUUCAGGACUAAAAAGUAGCAUAUUUGUUCGUGUAUUUUGAUACUAGUUAAACGUCUUCUUAAUUCCAAUAAUAUUAUCCAGUUGCUGGAAUUUUAAUGUUUGGGACCAGUUUCAAACAUGUGACCAAAUAUUAAAUGAUCAUAUGUACACGCCAAUAAAUUCUAUUUGUAUUGAAUUCUCUGUAUUAUGGAUUAACUUUAUAGAUUUGGUUCAUUUCAUGCUAUAGAAUAAAGCGGGUAAAGUUCUUUGGAUAGAAUAACAUGAAUUCAUUUUAUUUUUCAAGGUUUUCAUCAGCCGCUUAUAAUGUGCUAUAUUUCAGUACCAAAAUUAACAAUACAGUUUGACAUACAGUGAUAAACAUGGUCAGAAAAGUGACAGUGUGACAACAAUUAAGGGAACGGAAAUAAAGUUAGUUUGCGUAAAAUGUAGGACGAAGCUAAAGUGCAAUGUUUGUUUGCUUAGUUGAUUACAAGAAAAUCAUUUGAUGAGUUCUAUCCCCAAUACUUUGUACUGUCUGCAUCAUAUUAGUAAGAACAUUCUUCUAAUUCACAGACCAGUUCAAUAUAUUCAUUGACAAAAGUAUGAAAUAGGCUUUAUUGGACUCGUCUUUCAGCUUCAUAAAAUAUCAUAUCUUAAAUAUAAAGUCAACAGUAAUAGAAAAUUAUUUAAUACCUUUCCGAUUUUUCCUAAAAAGGAAACUCUUGACAAAUUUGAUUUUUUUUAAAAUCGUAAUUUUAUUUACCUUUUUUUAGCGAAUUGAUGCGCUUUAAUACAUUUCUCUCAGUUUUGUUAGGAAUAACUUGAGGAUGAACUACAGCAUUUUGCUCCAUUUAAAAAUGUAUUAUGUACGAUUUUUAUAGAUGAAACUGUUUCAUACGCAAUCUGUAUCGACUAUGCCAUACAAAAAAUGUAACGUAAAUAUGCCAGUAAUAGAUGAGUGACGAUUAUUUUGUAUCUUGGAGAAACUCAAGAUACGAAUUCACAGUAAACUAACCAUGAAUUAGUCAUGAUUCAUCAGGUGACUUAUUCUAACUUGAUCACAACAGAAUAAAUAUCCAAAUAGUUAAAACCUAUAAAAUCAUGAUCUAUCUUCGUCUAUUAAAAACACUGAUAAACACUAAUCAAAUCAUUUUGCAGAUCCAAAUGAAGUAUCUUUGUGUAACUUUUUUAAUUAGAGUUUAAAUCUGACCUCAUUAUCGUGACUUACUUACCAUGGGUUUCACGUAUAACUUCUGUAAACUGAGUUCACAUGUAAACUAUAAUUGAAAUACCAAAUUUAUGUAGUCAGUAAUCAUCUAGGAAUCAUAACAGUAAUUCUCGGUUUCUAUUUUUUGAAGAAUUCCGUGAUGUGGCCUGGGUUAAUUCACCUUUUGUAAUAGCCCGAAAUCCAAAACCGGUUUCCAUUAAUUCAUGCAUUGAAGUUGAUCUAACUGGCCAAAUUGUAUCCGAUUCUGUUGGCAGUAGAAUCUACUCAGGAUUUGGUGGUCAAGUUGACUUCAUCCGCGGGGCUGCAAUAGCUGAAGAUGGUUUAGGCAAACCUAUAAUUGCUCUUCCAUCUACGACAAAACGUGGUGAAAGUAAAAUUUCUCCAUGUCUUAAACCUGGUGCCGGUGUUGUAACAUCUCGAGCUCAUGCUCACUAUGUUGUCACCGAAUAUGGUAUCGCCUAUUUAUUUGGACGUAGUUUAAGGCAGCGCGCACAUGCUCUUAUUCAGAUUGCUCAUCCAGAUCACAGAGAAUCAUUAGAAAAGGCAUCAUUUGAACAACUCAAAGUAAUUCCAUCAGCUGAUUAGAAAGAAAACUACGUGGUUCCAAAGAGAUAUGUGAAUAAGUGAUAUGUAAAGUAAAACAAGUGAUGAAAUUCUUACAAACAUGCUAUUAAUAAUUUAUGUAAUACUCGUACAUUGUAACAAAUAAUCUUGCGGAAAAUUUAUUUUUAACAUUUAUUCUGUAGUGCUUUUACUAACAUAUGUAUUUUACCACAUUGCUUUAUAAUUGUAUUUAAUUUAUACUUAUUAUUAGUGUUUAAGUUACAUUAUCUUCCAAGUCUCCGGUAUUGUUUGUCAUGCGUAUUUUCUUUACUAUACGAAGAUCGGAGGAGGGUAUGGGGAGCAGAAUAAGUUGCUGUCAGAUUGAAUUGGAGUAGAUAGAUUUUUAUUUCAAUAUUUUUAGGACGAUAAAAGUCUAACGCCCCUUGGCUUUCACCAGUACCAAAAUCAGUGUCACUCAUUGAUUAAAAUUACUAAUACAUAAUAAGUGUUUGAAUGUCAGGCAUUUACAGACUUGUUAUUUACCCCUACUAAAGUCUAUUGUUAAUGCGCUAGGCCACCUACUGGAAUUGGAUUUAUUAUUCGUGAUACAGAAAACAUUUUGUGUAAUAUUGCUACACCAAUAGUAAAUUAUUACUUCUUCAUAAUUGGCUAAAUUAAAUUUACGAGUUCAAAAAGAGCAUUAUGUUAAUUCAACAUUGCUACUUAUAUAAACUAGUUGAUAUUCGUUAGCAUGUCAUAUCAGCAGUCUUACGGGAA